AUGAACCCAGUGGUAUUCCUAGAUGUGAAUAAAGGAGAUGUUCCGUUGGGACGGAUAAAGCUCAAACUAUUUGCAAGUGAAUUACCGAAGACUUGUGAAAAUUUCAGGCAAUUCUGCACCGGUGAAUACAGAGAGAACAAUCGCCCAAAAGGCUACAAAGGCUGUACAUUUCAUAGGGUAGUCAAAGGUUUCAUGAUUCAAGGCGGUGAUUUUGUCCGAGGGAAUGGCUUGGGAAGCAUUUCCAUAUAUGGAGGUAAUACAUUCGACGAUGAAGGAUUUCCCUAUGACCACAAGAAAUAUAGUGUUUCUAUGGCCAAUUCUGGGCCCAAUUCCAAUGGAUGUCAAUUUUUCAUAUGCUGCAAAGAGGUCCCACAUCUAGAUGGUAAGCAUGUUGUGUUUGGAGAAGUAGUUGAAGGGUUUGAUAUUGUAGAUCAAAUAGAAAAGACCAAAGUAGGGGUUCUUGAUAAACCAUACCCCGAUAUAACGAUAACCAAUUGUGGUGAGAUGUAG